GGCCCCAGCUCUGCUGGCACGGGAAAAUUCUGGCUGCCAGUGGGGUGAGGAUCGGGACAGCCCUGGAACCGCUGGCAGGAUGACCAGUCCGGCUCCAAGGAACAGCCAUCCAGAGGUGGCCCGGAAAACCCUCUGCAGGAGCCCCUUUCUCAGCAUCAAGUUCUUUGUGUUCUGCCAUGGGCUGCUGCAGCUCUCCCAGCUCCUGGUCUCGGGCUACCUGAAGAGCUCCAUCUCAACCAUCGAGAGACGCUACGGCCUCUCCAGCCAGACCUCGGGGCUGCUCGCUUCCUUCAACGAGGUUGGGAACACGCUGCUGAUCGUCUUUGUCAGCUACCUGGGGAGCCGCGUGCACCGGCCGCGCAUCAUCGGCUGUGGGGCCCUGCUCGUGUCCCUGGCUGGAUUCCUCAUGGCCCUGCCCCAUUUCCUCACCGGCCCCCACGAGUACGACCAGUCCGUGGCCAGCACCUUCAGCAACGCCACCGACCUGUGCCAGCCGCAGCCCGGGGCCCCGGGGGGCUGGGCCAACCUGAGCGAUGCCAGCUGCACCCCACGCGCCUCCAGGGAGAACCACGAGGUUCUCCUGGUCAUGUUCAUGGCCCAGGCACUGCUGGGCAUCGGUGGCGUGCCCAUCCAGCCCUUUGGCAUCUCCUACAUCGAUGACUUCGCCAGUGAGAGGAACUCCCCCCUCUACCUGGGAAUCCUUUUCUCCCUGACAGUCAUUGGCCCGGGAGUGGCCUUCAUGCUGGGCUCUGCAAUGCUGAGGUUUUACGUGGACAUCGACAAAGUCAGCGCAGCUGAGGUGCAGCUCACCAACAAGGACCCGCGCUGGGUCGGGGCCUGGUGGCUCGGGUUCCUGGUGGCCGCCAGCCUGGUGGCCCUGUCUGCCCUGCCGUACUUCUUCUUCCCACGGGAAAUGCCGAAGGAGGUGGUGAGAGAGAAGGACAGAGGCAGCAGGAAGAGGAAGGACAUGCUCAGCCAGCUCAGGCCGAGAUCCCAGCACACGGAGAGCCUCUCUCUCAUGGAGUUCAUCAGACGUUUUCCCGUGGUGCUGCUGAGGAACCUGCGGCACCCUGUGUACCUGCUGGUGGUGCUGGCUCAGGUCAGCAUCUCUGCCAUGGUUGCUGGAUUAGCAACGUUCAUGGGCAAGUUCCUGGAAAGACAGUUCUCCCUCACAGCCUCCCUGGCCAACAUGGUCAUUGGUGCUGUGAACAUCCCUGGGGCCAUGGUCGGGAUCGUGGUGGGCGGUGCCAUCCUGAAGCGGUUCCAGAUGUCUCUGAGGCAGUGCAGUGCCCUGUGUGUCCUGGGCAUGCUGCUCUGCCUGCUCACAGCUUUUCCCCUGCUCUUCCUGGGCUGCCCCACGCAGAAAGUGGCAGGCGUCACCUACUGGGACAGCUCUGGGUUUGGACGCCGCGUCCUGGAGUGCAACGCGCAGUGCCACUGCCCCGAGACGGGCUUCAACCCCAUCUGCGGCUCUGACGGCGUGGAGUACACCUCACCCUGCUCCGCUGGCUGCGGCAGCGUCCACAUCCACACUGACAGUUCUGUCCUGAACUACACCAGGUGCAGCUGCAUCAUGGGACCGGGGCCGGCGGGGUUCGCCAGGCCAGGCACCUGCGGCACCGGCUGCUCCCACCUCUUUGUGCCCUUCGUGGUCCUGUCCUGCCUGGCAGGGAUCCUGGCCAGCACGUCCCACACGCCGUCCUUCAUGCUCAUCCUCAGGAGCAUCCAGCCUGAAGACAAAUCAUUUGCUGUUGGGAUACAGUUCAUGCUGCUGAGAGUUUUAGCGUGGAUGCCGGGCCCGGUGCUUUAUGGCAGUGCCAUCGACACCACGUGCGUGCUGUGGGAGAGGAGGUGUGAGCGCAGGGCAGCCUGCAGAUACUAUGACAAUACCCUCUUCAGGCGCAGGUAUCUGGGGCUGCAGUUCUUCUUCGAGGUGGGCGCCUUCCUGUGUUUCGGGGCCGUGUACGUGAUCCUCAGAAAGCAGGAGAGGCAAGCCAGCUGGGCAGAGGAGACAAAGGCAGAGCCAGAGAAGGAGAAGCUGGCAGGAAACUCCACGAAGAGCCCGGAAUCCAAAGUGUGA